AUGUCUAAAUCGAAGGAGGCGGGCUCCGUGAAAGCCCCGGACCUCAACGAUGACGAAUAUGUGGCCCAACUCCUUGCGAAGGAUGCGCGUGAUAGUUCCCUACGAUAUUCUGCUAUAGGAAUGAGUGCUUUUGCCCCACUAAAAAGGCCGUCCGCGCGAGUCCCAAAACCAAAUACUCGAUUUUUGAAGAAUAUACUUCGAGAAACGGACAUCCAUAAUGCGAGUCUUAAAAAAAAGGAGGAGGAAGAGGCCCGUGGGAGAAUGAGGGCAUUGCGACAUGAGAAUGGGCGUUCGUCUGGCUCGAAGCAGGAGCGCGAUCUGCAUAACGUGAAUGCGGCGAAGCGACGAAGGGUUGAAGCUACCUUAGACCAAAAAUAUGAACGUGAAGAUUGCUCUAAAAGACAAAAUGGAAAAGAUGAGGGGAAUCGACAUACUUCGCGUGACCGGGAGAGAGAACGAGGGAGGGAAAAGAGAAGCGAUCAGAGAAUGAGGGGAAGGCGAUACGAUGAGAACAGCGAUGAUGAUGAUAAGCCCGGGAGACGCACGUCGUCGAAAUCGAGACACCAUAAGAGGGAGGAUAACCGGCCCCACCGAAUUCCACCAGUAGCCGGCGGCAUGCAGAACAUGCUCAUUCCCCAGAAAAGCACAGGGCAAGUGAUAAUUCUCGUGAACGUCGCUCUCACGGUAGAAGGCGCCGUCACUGUGAGGAGGCUCAAAGAUCUAAAUGAAUCACAUGAUGAACAUCCCCGAACCGGCACAGACUGUACAGCUACUCCAUUGCGAGACAAACUACCUGCUGCAAAUGGGGGAAAGUCUCCAACACAUCGUCAAACUUCAACGCACCACGGCGGUCCCGACUCCGUAUCUCCGUCGCGAAAGCUUGAUACCAUAGACCCAUCAGAUUCAGAUCCAGGUUCAGAUUCAGAUCCUCUAGAAAGCCUCAUUGGCCCACUUCCACCCCCUGCUGAAAACGAAGCUCCACCGCUCCGGUCUCGUGGUAGAGGUGCGUAUAAGAACAAAAGCAACAUCGAUGCCCACUUCGCAUCUGGUUACGACCCGCUCCUCGAUGUCCAACCAGAUGACGACGAUGGGGAUGGCUAUGGUAACACGACCAACCCCAAAAAUCACAUCCGACGAAGGCCGGUGGCUGGCCUGGCGAGGGCAGAGGACGAUGACUGGGACAUGGCUCUUGAGGCGUUGCGGGAUCGUGCUUUGUGGAGGCGGAAGGGUGCAGAUCGGCUUCGUGAAGCUGGGUUUGAUGAAGGGAUUAUUGAGAAAUGGGCUAGUAAUAGGGCGUUUGUGGGGUUGGAUGGUGGUGCCAAUGGCGUGGGGCACAGAGAUAUUGGCCGCGAUAGGGAUAGGGAUGUGGAGGAUGUGAGGUGGGUGAAACAGGGAGAAAAGAGGGAGUGGGAUCGUGGGAAAGUUUUGACGGAUGACGGGCGCGUUGAUGUUAGGCCUGAGUGGUAG